ACCUUUGACUGAGGAAAUGAAUAUCAAACGGAGAAAUUACACAUUUUGAUUAUCAUGCAUGAUUCAUUGAAUCCGAUGUUAAUUAUUUGAAAUAGUUAGAUCGAUCACAUAAAGAUCCAUUAUGUCUCCGUGUCCUUACUCUUGCUAAUAUUGACGGCAUCUAUUACUGUACAAAAAGUUGUUGAUCUAACCAGUGAAAACUGCAAUACUGAUGUUCUGUCAACCAGGCAAAAUAAAGACGUUCAGCUCAUACUAGGUAGGAAUGGAACUGGUAACGUUUCUGACAUUGACGGCUGCUAUUAUAUAGUUAAACUGGAAUAUAGUACCUACAUGCGUAACAGAAUAGAAGUGACAGUUUCUUUGGAGAGCAUCCUUGAUUGUGAAUAUAAAGUAGAAAUUUAUCCAGGAGAUCCUAUAAUUAAUAGAAACAUUGAGACUCUAGACUGUGACUCUAAUCCUUCAUGGACAGGUCAUUUUCCAACCAGAGCCAUAUUUCUGCGGUAUGUUCGUUCUGUUGUGAAUACUACAACAUACAUUGAUAACAUCAAUACCAGAUUUGACAAGAUAAUGACUAAUAUCACAUUUGGUACCUGCUGGUCAUGCUACCGAACGCCUACAUUUUAUGGAAUACCAAAAAAGAAGCUAACAGAUUACUGUGGACGUGACGUUUGUGCCGGUGGUAGAGAUACAGAAUAUUUAUAUACGUUUCCAAACUAUAUCACUUAUGAACGGUGUCCACCAUGUCGUUCUAUAUCUUUUGAUGUCAAGGAUUCCGCUCAGAUAUGUUUUAAAACACACCAGUACACGCGGUACAUGUUUGUUUGGGGAACAAAUUUAUGCAAUGCCAAAGUGAAAAUUGACAACAACUCUGUAUUGAUAUUAAAAGACAGUUUGCAGAGAAAAUGGUGUCUUCCUUGGAAUUUAAAAGACAAAAGAGUUGAAUUUACCUUUGGUGACGAUUCCAGUUGGGGUUGUAGAGCUACAGUCAGAUGCAAUGUGGAAAUUCAAGUCAUUCCUGAAAAUAAAAAUACAUAUAUAUGUCCAAUUUCAACACCUAAACCAAAAGAAUGGUCGUCAUGGACUGAUGACUUUGAUGAUACGGAUUGGAACUCGCCAUCUGAUGAUGAUGACAAUGAUAGUGAAAACCAAACAUUGAUUAUUGCCCUUAUAGUUUCCUGUACUUUAAUAAUGAUGUGUGGAUGUUUUUGUAAAUAUAAAUGUAAAAGAUCUAGAAAUAGCGAGGAUAGUGAGCCGAGGCAAGUUAUAAAUAUGCACUACAUGCAGAACAGUAUAUAUCAAAGAAAGGCAGAUCAACCGACAGCGUCUGAAUCAAGCGACGAAGGUCCGGACAUUUCAGAAAACUUCAGAGACGUUCGUCGUUUUCCCGACAUUGAAACAUGGGCCGCAUCAUUUGCAAAUGACAAUUCAGAAACAGUUCAUGACCAGCAAUUACAGGAAACAAUGCAAGAUAACUCUGACUUAGACUCACAUCCACAAGCAUCAUUGUCAGAAAACAUUGAUGAUCACGAAAGAGAUCCUCCUCCUUCAUACGAGGAAGUCUGCAGACAUUACCAGCCUUCUUGAC